AUGUCGGUCCCCAGCGCACUCAUGAAACAACCGCCCAUUCAGUCCACGGCUGGGGCCGUCCCGGUUCGCAAUGAAAAAGGUGAGCUUUCGAUGGAGAAAGUGAAGGUAAAACGUUAUGUGUCGGGUAAGAGGCCAGAUUACGCCCCGAUGGAGUCCUCAGAUGAGGAGGAUGAAGAAUUUCAGUUCAUUAAGAAAGCCAAAGAACAAGAAGCAGAGCCUGAGGAACAGGAGGAGGAUUCAUCUAGCGACCCUCAACUGCGGCGUUUGCAAAACCAUAUUAGUGAAGAUGUGGAAGAGAGCUUGGCUCGACAUAGAAAAAUAGUGGAACCUGAAGUGGUAGGACAAAGUGACUCAGAAGUAGAAGGAGAUGGUUGGUGUGUGGAACGAGAAGACAGCAGUGAAGAAGAAGAGGAAGAAAUUGAUGAUGAGGAAAUAGAGCGGCGCCCUAGCAUGAUGCGUCAGCGAGCACAGGAGAGAAAAAAUGAAGAGAUGGAAGUCAUGGAGGUGGAAGAUGAGGGACAUUCUGGGGAGGAGUCAGAAUCAGAGUCUGAGUAUGAAGAAUAUACAGACAGUGAAGAUGAGAUGGAGCCUCGCCUUAAACCAGUCUUCAUUCGAAAGAAGGACAGAGUAGCAGUUCAAGAACGUGAGGCUGAAGCAUUAAAACAGAAGGAGCUGGAGCAGGAGGCAAAAUGCAUGGCUGAAGAGAGGCGCAAGUACACACUCAAGAUUGUAGAAGAGGAGACCAAGAAAGAGCUGGAGGAGAAUAAGCGGUCCCUGGCUGCACUGGAUGCACUCAAUACUGAUGAUGAAAAUGAUGAGGGGGAAUAUGAGGCAUGGAAAGUUCGGGAGCUAAAGAGAAUCAAGAGGGACAGAGAAGAUCGAGAAGCGCUUGAGAAGGAGAAAGCAGAAAUUGAACACAUGCGAAACCUGACUGAGGAAGAGAGGCGAGCUGAGCUUCGGGCAAAUGGCAAAGUCAUUACCAACAAAGCUGUUAAGGGCAAAUAUAAGUUCUUACAGAAGUACUGUCACCGGGGUGCCUUCUUCAUGGAUGAAGAUGAAGAAGUAUACAAGAGAGAUUUCAGCGCACCAACCCUGGAGGAUCAUUUCAACAAAACCAUUUUUCCCAAAGUCAUGCAGGUCAAGAAUUUUGGACGCUCUGGUCGCACCAAAUACACCCACCUUGUGGAUCAAGACACCACCUCCUUUGACUCAGCAUGGGGCCAAGAGAGUGCUCAGAACACAAAAUUCUUUAAACAAAAGGCAGCUGGGGUACGAGAUGUAUUUGAACGGCCAUCUGCCAAGAAGUGGAAAACUACGUAA